GCAAACAUAGGGGGCAUGUACGACAAUCUGGCAGCGGUGGGCUCGUUGUCCCUCUGUUUUGUUUACCUCCUGGGCGCGCCGCCGCCUGACUCUGCUCCCGCUGGCACGGCACGAGCGGCUCAAGUCUGCCUGAAGACACCGCAGGACGAGGCGAGUUUCAGCAGAAGAAGGCGCCUCAGGUGUUCUCGGAGAGUGUGCAGCAUGGAGGUGAAUGUGCCACCAGCCGUCACGAUCAAGGUUCGGUCUCAGGUCCACUGUGUUGAGUUCUCCCCGUUUGAGUGGUCACAACGGCUGCUGGCUGUUGGUCUUCCCACAUCUGUUGCAGUGUUCACGGUGAAGCUGAAGGAGGAAGGGAAGGGUGGUAAGGAUGAGUAUGAGCAGGUGUGGGAGUGGCAUGCCUCCAGCCAGCCUGUGUCCAUUGCCUGGAGCCCCAACUCAACCCUCCGAGCAGCUCCCUGUUGCCUCCAGGUGGCUGUGGCCUCGGCGGACCACAAAGUCAGACAAAUUUCCUCUGAUCUUGGGGAAGCAAAUGUUGUACAGGAGAUCUUGAGCCACACAGACUUUGUCAACAGUGUAGCGUACAACGGAGACAGCGGGACUUUGGUGGCCUCUGCCGGGGAUGACUUGACGGCCCGGGUGUGGGACAGCUCCUCCCAGACACAGAUCUCAAAGUUCUUGCUGACAUCACCUGGAAUGGUUGCUCGUUUUCACCCUGAUGAGCCUGAUCUUUUGAUGGUGGCAGAGAAGAAAGGAGUCCUGCGAGUGUACUCAGUCAGCAGUGGCUGCUCCACAUUGUACUUGAGGUGCUCGGGGCCUUUGCUGGGAGCUGACUGGUCCAUCCCUGAACCUGCGCUUAUUGUGGCUGCAGGAGUCAAGGGACUCACAGUUUGGAAUGUUGCCUCUCUUCAGCCCCACAGUGAGGUGAAGGAGGUGGGGAUGGGGGAUCGGGUGCUGGCGGUGCAGGUCUGCAGGUCCUCGCUGGGUCUGGUGGCCACGCAUGCAGCGCCACACACCGUCCGGGUCACGCACCUCCACUCCAACAAGGUUCCUAUAGCUGCUCAUCUGAAGGUUGUCGGGGGCAUGAGCUGGCACCAGAACCACCCGUACCUGGCUGUCGGCUCAGACCGCAAAGUUCUCUUGUGGAAAAUUGACAAUAUAUAGAGUCUGUAUCAUUGAGAGAGCAAGCAAAUCACAAUUUAUUUUGGCUAUUUAAAGAGUGAUUUGUUCAGAAAUGGGAUACAUCAAUGAAUGUUUCUAUUGUAAAAGUUAACAGAUUUCAUAAUUUAUUGCUUGUUAAUGCCAUUCCUUGAGAGAUGCAAUGUCAGUUUGGGAUGGGUGUAUUCUAACGUAGUCCAUCAUCUUUGGGGAGAUCGAAGUUUAAAAUUGUGGGUAUAUAAACUGUUACCGAAAUUUAUGCCAUAUUCUGUGAAAGACAACAGUUUUCUAAGUUUGUAAUAAAAUAACAAGUCAAUACGUU